GGACCUGGUAGUACACGUGGAAUCCAAGACUAAUACAAUGUGAGACUCUGGAGAGCACCAAUGAGUGUGAUCACUAGUCUAGAUGCCACCUUAACAAAAAGUAGAUAAAGCCACUCCUUUUGAACAGUUGGAUUUGUGAUGGUGCCCCCUGGUGCUCACUAGAGAUUAGCAAAGAGACUGUAGACCACAGGGAAUAAGCUGAGUUAGAGUUCCACCUCCCUUUGGACAAUGCAGAAUAUUAAAACAGACCUCCUCGCAGCCUUGGUGGGAGUUUUUCCUCUCUUGGAUUUUCUGCUUAGAGCUUUCCCAGGACUGCCUGCUGCAGAGUCCUAUUUAAAACAAAAGCCAGCUUUCUACGUUGCUGUUCUUCCCACCUUAGAAGUUCCUAAAUGCUAAAAGUUUGCUAAAUGCCUGUCAGGAGUAGAUUCCUCACUUAGCAUUCUUGUUUUAUAUAGUUAAAUGUAUAUUUUUUGAGAAUGUCCUACAUGAGUAUUGUAUUUACAUUAUUUCCAUCCCUCUCCUCUCCAAUUCUUGCCACAUUCCACUACCACCCCCUAGAAAUUUUACUACUUCUUUAAUUAUUAAUGUUAACACACAUGUACAAGUACACACACACAUACACACACACAUUUCUGAAUCCAUUUAGUGCUGCUCAUAGGCACAUCUGUCUAAGGUUGACCACUUGGGAUUGGAUAACUAAUGAGGAGGCUGGUCCCUGGAAAAAUCAGAUAUUGCUUAUCUCCAUAGCCAUUGAUUGCCUGCAGUUCUUUGUCUAUGGGCUGGGGUUUGUGAAAUUUCUCCAUUCCAGGUUAUUAGUCAAUUGGCAUUAUCAUUAGGCAAGUAUUGUUUAAGUGACUGUAUUGUUAAGACUUCAUGGAUGCAUCUUUCUUGUCAUGUCUAGAAGAUACUAUAUUGCAGCAGCAUUCUGAUCCUUUGGCUGUUACUAUUCUUAUACCUCAUCUUCUAAGAUAUUAUCUGAGUCUUAUGUGUACUUGUGUUAUAGAUGUGCCAUUUCUGAUUGGUUUCCCCAUAAUCACUUAGCCUUUGUAUUUUGACCAAUCAUGGAUAUUGGUAGUCUUCAUCUGCUGCAAAAAUAAGCUUUCAUAGAUGAGGGGUGAGAGUUAAAAUUGGACUGAACUAUCUUGUCUUGCAAUGUGCCUAGGAUUUGGUUGAAUCCAGCAUUUAAGUUAUGCUGUUAUGGAAAUGAGACAAUGAAAAUAACAUAAUGCUCACCUCAAAAGGCAUAAAAGAUAGUUUAUUCUGGAGCCAAAUAUGAGUAUCCAUAUUCUGAGAACACAGACUCAGGUUUCCUCAAAUUCCAUAUUCCAGUGUGGUAACAGUCUCAUGAACUUUAUAGUCAUAGGACAAAGAUAAUCAAGACACUUUUCAAAUGUGUUGGCAAAAAUAUCAGGAAGAUGGCUUAGAGCGAAGUGGAUAAAUCUCAACUACAGGCGUCAGAUGUUAUCGGACAGCAUCCUUUGCCCUUUUGUUCAUGGAAACUAAAGCUGUGUCUGUCUGUCUGUACAUUUCAAAGAUCUACCAAAGGCUCAAAUAUCUACUUAAUGAUCCGAAAGGUGUCAGGUCACACCAGAGGCGAGUAAUAAGUGACUAUUGAAAGGGUAAAAAUAGUCCAAGAUAAUUUGACUCUGGACUUGUAAGCAUAUCAUCAAUCAGCCUUUGUCAUCUCACCUUUCCAGAAAUUCUUGUAGUGAUUGAUGGAGGAAGAAAUUUUAUAUUCACAAAUGCCAAGUGGGAGGGGUACUUAGUGGAGUGUGGCAGGUGGAUCAGGAAGAAGGAGUAAGGGCAUGCAGACAAAAGCUUUUAUUUUUACGUUCACAAGCAAACCUAAGGCAUGAUAAGAAGCCUGACAGUCAAGCAGUUUGAAUAGUUUCAGUUGGCUCAAGAGCUAUUCCAAGUUUAUCCAGUGCUGGGCCCUAGAGUAAUAAGGGCAGCUGAACAGUCAUCUGCAGUCUAAGGAUGGUUGCUCACUGGGUUAGGUUGGUUUGUUCGUACAUAAAGAUGAGCUCUCCCAUCUUUACAAGUUAACUGGUCCUUGUCUAGUAGUAUAUGCAGGGUCGGGAAGGCCCUCAAAUGUCAAAGUAUAGAAGUAUAUAAACUAAUACAGUAAAUACAUCCAUUAGUCCCAAAUACACCACUAAUUUUAAAACAUAGCUAUGAUUGUGUUGCUUGUUCAUACCAUGACCAGAGUGUGAAGCUUGAGUUAGGGUCAGGUUGUGAGAAGGCUUGUGUUCUCAUCUCUACUUGAACAUGAACCUGUUUUAUCAGUUACUGCUAAUAGUUUGCUGAGGCAUGGACUUCUGCUCGUGGCUAUAGGUUCUAUAGCUAGAGGAAGGAAGUAGUUCUCCACCAGAAUUGCUCAGAGUCAUGAAUGUUCUCUUGGAGCUCUUAGCUAUUGUUUAUAUGAGAAGAUAUGUCACUCACUCAUAAGAGAAAUCUGUUGAAGCAUCACAGUGAUCAAGUUUUUCAGCUAUGAGGUUGAAAGUGGGCAGGAUGUUUAAGAACUGUAUUUAUGUGUGCUCCUAAAAUUUGUCCCCAGAGCCUUGUUCAUGCUGAACCACAUGCUCUACCACUAAGCUAUAUCCUCAUCCUUAUUGUUUCUAUUUGAAGAUAGUGCCAGUGUGUUGGGGAACAAAUGAAAGAGACAUUGCCCCCGACUUUCUCAUGACCUGUGGAGUUCCUCUAGAGUUUUAGGAACUAUGAUUCAGUUCACAUCAAUAUUUAGACUUUGGUGCUGUGAGCAUAUCCCUGAACAUUUCAGGGAUAGCCAGGUUAUAAAAAAGUGGAAAUUUUAUUAAAAGUAUUUUAAUAUAGGCUUAGGAGAAAGAGAGAUGCUCAGAAGAAAGUAAAAACAUUCCCAAAUGUAGUGCAGAUACCUCCAGGGAAAGUUGUUGCUCAAUUAUUCUUACAACAGUCAGAUGUAGAAUUUUGGUAGUAUUGGAAAUUACUAUCUUAUCAUUGGGAAUCUGUGAGGGAGACCUCACAGUAUUACAAAUGAGAAGGCUACGGGGUUACAGGAAGGUAGGAAAUAUUUACUGUAAACCAAAUAAAAGCUCUUCUGAACAGUAUGUACAUUCAGGCUGUAAGCCCAGGUCAUUGUUAUUUUAACAUGAAAUAUGUAUAUAUGAAAGAAUGUUAAUGCUGUAUUGGUAGCCUUUACAACAAAUGCUAAUUGUACUGGAUUUCUUCUCUGCUGGCCAUAGGCUUAUUCAGAAGCCAGGGUGCAGACUUCCUUUCCCUUUCAUGACCCAUAAUUUCAUUGUCUUCCUAUUAUGGCUCAACAGAGUCCCACUCACUAAAUUGCCCAAGCUGGUCUUGAACUUACAACCCUUUUGCCUCAACCUCCUAAACUAUACUACCAAGGCUGACAGUAUUUUUUGUAAGCUGGUAAUGACUGUAAAUUCCAAGAGGGUGACUCUUAGAAAUACAAAAACAGGGCUCAUGAGAAGGCUCUGAAGAAAUGAGAUGUUCCCUCCCAAAUCUGACACCCCAAGUUUGAUCCCCUGGACCCACAUCAUAGAAAAAAAAGAAUGGGCUCCAUCAAAGUGACCUCUGACUCCCACAUGCAUUUCACAGAAUACACACACACACACACACACACACACACACACACACACACACACACUACAUGCACACAAAGAAAUAAGUAUAUGAAAUAAAAAUGUUUUUAAGGUAUAUAAACGAUUUCAAUAGAUUUUUUUGAAGAGGGAGAAGUGAAGAGAUACAUUCAAGAGGGAGGUGCUGAGACAAACUUCCCCUCGGGGUAAAAGAUUCAUUAGAGAAAAGUGAUGCACUUAAUCCUUCAGAGACCAUUCAUAUGUUCGCAGCAGAUCCAAGCCCCAGAUCUAAUUCUUGGAAUGAAGGUAUCAAUUGCAAAUAACUUUGAGGAAAGGGUAAGUCCACAUAGACCUGGUCUUGUUCAUGUAAUUUCAGUUUCAAGUAUAGCCUUUGUCGUUGCCCUGUUAUGUGGGCUCAUGAUCUCCUAUGUGAUACAUCGACUGGUAAAAGCUGAGGAAAAACAGCAGCUUGCAAUGUUGUAUGAAAAUGUCGAGAUUCCACUUUUAGAAGAGAAAGAUUCUUCUGAAGAUGAGUCUUCUCAGCUGGAUCCAGAGAAUGAGGAGCUGGGAAAAUUCAUUGGCUCAGUUAUUAAAACAAAAAUAAUGGAAAACAUUAAGAAGAAAAUGAAGGAAGAGCAAAAUGUAUUGAAGGGAAACACAUCAGAGAAUUUCAGUUGUAUUGAAAAAGUAGAGACGCAUGAAAAAUUGGAUAAAGAUGGAAACUCAGGAAAUCUGUGAAAACAAAAGAAAGGUGUACCAUGUGCUAGACAAUAUGGAGAUAAAACUGCAGAGAUAACAGAAAACUGAGAACACGAACAGGACUUCUAAAGAACCUUGUCCAAGAAUGUUCUACAGAAAGAAACGUGAGCAGCAUAUAGUGGAAAAUAAAUUCAUAUGAUACCAAAACUCUUGCUUUUUAGCCAUGAUAGUCCAUGAAUAAUUUAAGUGGAAUAUAGAAAACAGACCAAGUUCUUUAACAAAGAAAGACAGGCUGUGAGGAUUUUGUUCUCUGCCUCCAGACUAGAAAGAUUGCUUAAUCCUUUUUGGGGGGAGGGGUCUUCCUGAAUGUGAUAGCAAAAUAUUUUCAUUAAAUAAAACUUUCUAAGUGA